AUGGAAACUUCUGACGAGGAAAACUUCACUGUAGCCAUCUCCUCCCCUUCUGACGCUGAGUUUGAUGCAGUCGUUGGGUAUCUGGAGGAUAUUAUUAUGGAUGAUGAUUUCCAGUUAAUACAGAGGACUUUCAUGGAGAAGCACUACCAGGAGUUUGAUGACUCAGAAGAAAACAAGUUCAUCUAUACUUCUAUUUUCAAUGAAUACAUCUCUUUGGUGGAGAAACACAUUGAAGAGAAACUGCUUGACCGGAUCCCUGGCUUUGACAUGACAGCUUUCACACUGUCCCUGCAACAGCACAAAGAUGAAAUGGCAGGUGACAUAUUUGAUAUGCUUCUCACUUUUACUGACUUUCUGGCUUUCAAAGAAAUGUUCUUGGAUUACAGAGCUGAAAAAGAAGGUCGAAGCCUGGAUUUAAGCAGUGGGUUGGUGGUGACUUCAUUGAACAAAUCAUCAAUGUCCUCCUCCUAG